CCCCCCCCCCGCCUGCCUCCUCCCUCGCCCUUGCUCCCCCUCGCCCCUUCUCCUCCUCCUCCUCCCUCGCCCUCAUUCCCACCAUGUUCGCCCAACCGCCUCCUGCGGCGGCGGCGGCGGCUGGUUUUGGCGCGCCACCCCCCGGCUUCGGCGCCCCGCCACCUGCCGGCGCCGGCCCCGCCGACACCCCUGCCUCCCUCAUGGACCGUCUCGAUGCCAUGGAGCAGACCAUCCUCCAGCGCCUGGCCGAAGUGGAGGCCCGUGUGGCGGCCGUCGAGCGCCAGGCCGCCAGCAUCACCACCACCCUGCUCGGGCCGCCGAGCGCCAGCAGCCCGGCCACCCCGGCCACCCCGGUGGCCGGCCAGCCGGCCGAGGCCCCGGCCGGCAUGCUGAAGAUCGUGCAGCAGCUCGGCAGCCAGCUGGCCCACCUGCAGAAGUCCCUCGACCAGAUGGGCGCCCAGGGGUUCGACCCGCAUGCGGCUUCCCACGCUGGCGGCAGUGACUCCUCCUCCAUCCACAGCACCGAGAGCGCCAGCCCCGGCGGGCUGAAGAUGAUGUUCGGCCGGAAGCCCCUCAACCGCCGGUCCACCGGCAGCCUCCCCUACCGCUCCGGCGGCAAGGGUAGCGACUCGCUGGAGGAGGCCGCCGGCUCGUACGAAGCCUCGGCCCCGGCCCCGGCCCCCGUCUCGUCGCGCAAGCGCUGGUUCAACACGGACCACGCCGCGUCGGUCGACAUCACCACCCUCGACACGGCCGAGGUCAAGCGCCAGGAUGUGGCCUACGAGUUUGUCGACUCCGAGGCCGACUACGUGCGCGAUUUGAAGAUCAUGCUGGAGGUGUACAAGCAGAAGAUCGUCGAGGCGGCCUGCAUCUCCGAGGCCGAGGUCCACUCGCUCUUCCACAAUGCCGAGGCCCUGCUCGAGGCCAACGAGGCCUUCGCCGAGAGGCUCGCCGCCCGGCGCCGCGAGACGCCCGUGGUCAUUCACAUUGCCGAGCUCCUCACCGAAGCUCUUCCCUCCUUCGAGCCGUACAUCGAGUACUGCAGCAACCACCCGGUCGCGGUGGAGGUGCUGUCCGGGCUCCUGCGGGCUGGUGGCGCCUUCAAGACCCAGACUGAGGCCCUGUGGAAUGACAAUCCCGACACCCGGCGUUUGUCCCUGGAGUCCUAUCUCAUCAAGCCGGUCCAGCGCAUUUGCAAGUACCCCCUGCUGCUGCGUGAACUCUCCCGCUCAAUGACCGAGGAGCACCCGGACUUCGUCCACACCCAGACAGCCACCGCGCGCAUUGAGGAGCUCCUGAGCCGCAUCAAUUCGGCCACCCGCCAGGCGGCAAAUGCCCGGCGCUUUGCCGGGCUCAUCGAGCAGCUGGACCUGCCGCAGGAUGUCCGGUCCUUCGAGCUGGCGCACCCGGGGCGCGAGCUGCUCGCCGCGCUGGCGGUCCGCCAGAGCGUCGUCCCGCCGACCGGCUCCUCCGGCCCGAAGAAGCUCAUGGAGGACCGCCAGGUGUUUGUCUUCAAUGAUGUGCUGAUUUCUUGUCGCGCCGACCCGGCCACCGUGCCCCUGACUGCCGGGGCCAGCCCCCGGCCUGUGUCGGCCUCCGGUGGCCGGCUCAUCCUCUGUGACUCCAUCUCCCUGGCGGUGGUCAACUGCGAGCCCAUCUCCGCCAGCUACGGCAUCAACAACAAGUCCUCCGCCGUGUCGGUCCUCGGGGGCGACAGCGGCAGCCACUCCUUCCACACCCCGGCCAGCUUCAUCAUCCACCUGCCGGCUUCCAAGGAAACCAUCGAGUUUGUCCUCCCCUCGGAGGACGAGCGCGACAGUGCCGUGCGCCUGAUCAAGGGGGCCAUCGUCAAGCUGGUGGAGGCCGACCCCACCAAGCUGAUCAACAACAACCUCAAUGGCCUCCCCCUGCGCCGGAGUGCGGCAUACAUUCCCCCCGAUGCCGGGGCUGCCGGCGGUGCCGGUGCCACGCAGCAGCGCUCGCGCUUCGCCCGCGACAAGGACAAGGAGCGGCCUUCCUACUGGACCGACAAGAGCUCGGGCUUGGUCUUCCUGCGCGGCAGCGAGUGGUUGAAGGACAACCCGACCUCGGUACAUGCCGCCAUUCCCCGGCCCAUCUUCCCCGCUCCUGCCUCCCUUUCUCCUGCCCCUCUCUCCAUGGUGCCUCCGGCUGAUCCCCUUCUUUGCCGCGCCCCCGCUCGGGCAUAACCGCCCUGGCAGUUCCCCUCGCCCGCCAUCAUCGAGAACGAGACGGAGCUGGUGUAUGUCGCCACGUCAGACCACAUGCCUCAGAACCAGUUUGAGAUCCGCUGCGAGCGCGGCUCCUACCUGAUCGUCACCAACCAGUGUGCCUCGGACUACUGGAAGGUCGAGAUGAAGGAUGUCAUCGGCUACGUCCGGUCGUCGGGCCUCAAGAAGGUGGAGAACAGCACGGUCAGCGCCAUCAUCGAGCAGCUGAAGAAGUCCCACCAGCCGAGCGUGUCCUCAUGCCAGCUUCUGCCGGCCCCGGCAUCGGCCCUGGCUGGCGACGACCCGGGCUCCUCCCGGCGCUUCGGCCUCCGGCGCCGGAACAGCACCAACAAUCCCAACCCCCCGGGCGCCCUCUUCCCCCCGAUGGCCACCUCGGCGGCCGACCGCCGUCGCUCGACCGGCAUCUCCUCCAGCGACAUCCCCAAGUACCAGGCCCUCGGCCGCACGUGGAUCCGCGCGCUCAACCCCGGCCAUGCAACCCGGCCGACCGAGCCCACGCACUACUUCUAUUGCCCGGACACCUACGAGACCUCCUGGGACCUGCCCAAGGAGGACCCUGCCACGCUGGACAAGUUUUACAAGUGGUACUCGCGCCAGGUGCCCCAUGCCCCGGGCUGGUAUGAGAUCGAGAUGGCCCCCGACUCGGCGGACCUCCCCCCGGCACACCUGGCCGCCUCCGGUCCCUACUUCUUCAACCCCACUACCCGGCAGACUGCCUGGACCCUGCCGCCGUCGGCUGGCGGCGCGCCGGGCAGCUCUCCGGCCAUCUAGUCGCGCGCGCGCAUGUGCGUGGUACACCUACACGCGCAUUCGCGUGCCCCGGGCAAGGAGGAAUACACAACUGCCCUUCAA